AUGAACUCAAAGCAGAAAACCCGACUAACUGUCACUCCUUCUCCCUCCAGCGUCUCCAUAUUCGGAUUGCUGAACCGUCAGUGUCUGUCCUGUGGAUUGGUCCGCGAUCAAUGCUCCUUCUUCAACGCAAAGUUCAGCCCCUUAAAUCAUCACUUCCUACUGCACUGCAAAGGUCCCGGAGUCCCGAUGUUCACCGUCCACAGCACCAUCAACCCCUCAGAUUUUUUCACGAUGGAGAACAAUUCGGUUUUGCAGGACGCCGUCUCCCAGAAGCAGAUCUUCCGCAGUGAGAUAAAGACGAUUGAUAUUGAAGAUUACGAACUUCCUCUCCGGCUUUCCUUUCCUCGGGACUUCAAUGAGCAGAACAGAUAUCCCCUCCUCCUCAUCGUGGACGAGUCUCCGGGGAGUCAGCUGGUUACAGACAAGUUCCACGUGGAUUGGGAUUCGGUGCUGAUAAACUCGGAUAAUGUGAUUGUGGGGCGCUUCGAUGGGCGAGGGAGCGGAUUCCAGGGGCUGAAGAUCCUGCAGGAGGUGCACCGUGGACUUGGAUCGGUGGAAGUGAAGGACCACAUAGCUGCUGUAGAGUCGGUGCUGCGGGAGCCGUACAUUGACCCCAACAGACUCAGCAUAUUCGGGAAGGGCUAUGGAGGGUACAUAGCGUCUAUGAUCCUAAAGGCCAACGAACGUCUCUUCAAAUGUGGAGCUCUGAUGGCCCCGAUCACUGACAUGAGGUUAUAUGCGUCUGCGUUUUCCGAGCGAUACCUGGGGAUGCCGAGCACAGAUGAGAACACCUAUCAGGCGUCCAGCGUGCUGCACAACAUUCAGGGCUUCAAAGAGAAAAAACUCUUAUUGAUCCACGGCACGGCGGAUGCAAAAGUCCAUUUUCAGCAUUCAGCCGAAUUAAUCAAACAGCUGAUCAAAGCGGGAGUGAACCACACGACGCAGAUCUAUCCGGAUGAAGGCCACAUGAUUUCAUCAGAGAAGAGCCGCUUCCACCUUUACAGCACACUGCUGCGAUUCUUUGGUGAAUGUUCCCAGGUGGAUGUGCAGGCGGUACUGCAGGAAGUGGAAGAAGAUGAAUGAAGGGCAGAUGAGACAUUUUCUAUAUCCUCAGCGGCCCUCAGGGGCAGGAACUGUCUGACACCAGAGGCCCUCGGGGGUGGGGACUGUCUGACAUCAGCACACUGGAAAUCCCAACCUGCGGAUGCCCUCCGAAGGAUUUCCGAUUCCGGAUUGGCAGUUUUGGAUACGAUUAGUGUAGUGCAUGUUUUAUUUUGUUCCUCCUCCAAGACGUUGUACUAACCUUUCAUUUCAAGAGCAGAUCUCAUCCAAAGCUCUCAUCCGACAACUUUUCCUGAACAAGUGCAAUUUCCUGGAUGGUGGAUUUUCUCCUGGCAGAGGAUUGUGGGUGGAGCCACAUGGCACGCGAUGCCCGAUCUCCGGAAAAGCACUUUUUGGAAGUGAAUUUUUGCAAUGUCAAAACAUUUCUAUGUCUACAGAACAAAGAGCGUCCUUCCGGCUCGGGGGGAGAAUUCUAUUUUUCAAGCUGUACUGGAAGCUCCACUGAGAACUGAAUUAUCCGUUACGAUUGUGAUUGCGGAUUCUCAUUUUACAAGAGAAAUGUUUUAUUUGUCUUAAAAUACAAACGAUCUGACGCUCUAUUUCCAAUGUAAAUUUCUCACUUGUAUAUAUGAAUACAUCGAUAUUAAAUUAUGUUUUCUUAGA